CAAAGCCAAGCUGUUUCUUUUCAAUCUGAACAAAGACUUACAAAAUAAUAAAAAAUGGAGGUGGAGAGAGUUCAGACAAUCGCCUUAUCAUCUCAAUCCAAACAAACCAUACCGGCGGAAUUCAUCAGGUCCGAGAAAGAACAGCCUGCAAUCUCCACAUUCCAUGGACCAGCUCCCGAAAUCCCCACCAUAGAUCUUGCCGACCAAGACGACCAAAAUCUGAUCCGGUCAAUCUCUGAUGCAGCCAAGGAAUGGGGGAUUUUCCAGGUGGUCAACCAUGGGAUUCCAACCCAUUUGAUUGAGAAGCUUCAGCAAGUUGGAAAAGAGUUUUUCGAGCUUCCCCAGGAAGAAAAAGAGGUGUAUGCUAAACCCUCCGGUGCACAAACUGUUGAAGGCUAUGGAACCAAACUACAAAAAGAUCUGGGGGGAAAGAAAUCUUGGGUUGAUCAUCUUUUUCAUAGAAUUUGGCCUCCUCAACGAAUUAAUUAUCAGUUCUGGCCUAAGAACCCUACUUCUUACAGGGAAGUUAAUGAAGAGUAUGCAAAGUACAUGAGAGAGGUGGCGGAGAGACUGUUUAAGAGUCUUUCAUUAGGGUUAGGGUUAGAAGCUGAUGUGCUGAAAAACGCAGUGGGCGGUGAUGAUCUUGAGUAUCUCUUAAAGAUUAAUUACUACCCGCCAUGUCCUCGGCCUGAUCUGGUUUUAGGGGUGGCGCCGCACACCGAUCUUUCCUCACUCACCAUUCUUGUGCCUAAUGAGGUUCCAGGGCUCCAGGUUUUCAAGGAUGAUGUUUGGAUCGAUGCUAAGUACAUCCCUCAUGCACUCAUCAUACAUCUGGGUGAUCAGAUUCAGAUACUGAGUAAUGGAAAAUACAAGAGCGUGCUUCACAGGACAACAGUGAGCAAAGAGAAGGCUAGAAUGUCAUGGCCUGUUUUUUUGGAGCCACCGCCGGAGUUGGUGGUUGGGCCUCUUCCUCAACUCAUUGAUGAACAUAACCCUCCAAAGUACACGCCCAGAAAAUUUAAGGACUAUAGCUACCGGAAACUUAACAAGCUUCCACUCUAGAUCAUUUUUUUCUUCUUCUUCUUAAUUUUCUCUACUUUAUUUCUUCUAUAUAUAUAUAUAUAUAUGUACACAUAUAUUAAUGUAUGGGAGAAUCAAUCUCUUACCCAUGUUUAAGAGAUGAGGUAUGGUAACAAUAACUCCUAGUUAAUCAAA